AUGGCACCCGUCUUCGCAGCCUUCGCUCUACUCGUCAGUGCCAUCGCCGCUCUUGGGGAUGCGACCGCGCGCGACUCGCAAGCCAGUGCGUGCGCCCAAUUCGCCCCGGACGACAUCCCUGGUGUUACCGUCACCGCAGCAACCUACUUCCCUGCGUACGCCCGCGUCGACAUCACCAAUAUCUUCUCCAGCAUCAACACGACGGACCUUCCGGCGUUCUGCCGCGUCGAGCUGAAGGUCACGACGAACGCGACCGCUGGUUCUUUCGCGAACACCGAGGUGUGGCUCCCCGAUGCCUGGACUGGGCGUACACUCACUAUCGGGAACGGCGGAUUCGGCGGAGGAGUGACCGUCGCUGACCUCGGAGGGAUCGCUGUCCCCCAAGGGUUCGUAGGAAUAUCGACGAACACAGGCCAUAACUCUACAGUCCUGGAUGGUAGCUGGGCCGGGCCCCAUAACGAUAACGCGAUCGUUGACUGGGGCUGGAGAGCUAUACAUUUGAGUGUCGUGGCGGGCAAGGAGGUUGCCUCGCAGUACUAUGACCAAACUCCGAAAAAGUCAUACUAUGCUGGAUGCUCUACAGGUGGACGUCAAGGGCUUAAGGAGAUCCAGAUGUUCCCGGAUAGCUUUGACGGAAUCCUGGUUGGUGCACCUGCCAACUUCAUGACCCACCACGAGGCCUGGGCCGCCCACAUGAGCUUGAACGUCCUCCCGGUGACCUCGUCGCGCUUCAUUCCGGAAAGCGUCUGGAUCAACGUGAUCGCACCCGAAGUCAUGUGUCAGUGUGACGCCCUGGAUGGUCUUUCCGACGGGAUCAUCAACGAUCCUCGCGUAUGCAGCUUUCGCCCGGAGGUCCUCACCUGCACCCCGGGCCAGGACACGUCGACCUGUCUGACGGGCGACCAGAUCAACGCGCUCCAUCGCAUAUACGCAGACUACUACGAGGCCGACCAAACCUACAUUUUCGGCGGAUACCAGCCCGGCGGCGAAAAGCUGUACGCGAGGGGCCUCGUCGGCGCUGCGCCAUUCCCGCUACUCCAAGACUGGUUCCGGUUUUUCGUGACCAAUGAUACGCAGUGGACGCCGGACCAGUUCAAUGCGAGCCUGAUCACGCUCUCAGAGCAGGUCAACCCCGGGCAGGCCGACGCGAUCUCUCCAAACUUGACCGCGUUCGCAGGCGCGCCGCACAACGGGAAGGUGCUGCAUUACGUGGGCUGGGCGGACCAGCUGAUCAGCGCAGGGUACAGCGUGCAUUAUUACGAGACCGUGCACGCGUUUGCGCAGGAGAACAGCACGCUCGCUAUCGACGACUUUUAUCGCCUCUUCCCUGUUCCCGGGAUGACCCACUGCGUUGUAUGUUUCUUUCCCCACGCCUCCGGAGGACAAGCGGCGAACGCGUUCGGCGCCGUGUCGCAGCCAGCGCCGCUCUCCCUCGACGCCGAGCACAACAUCAUCGCCGCGAUGGUCCGCUGGGUCGAGGACGGCGUCGCGCCUUCGCAGAUCGUCGGCGUCAAGUACAAUAAUGACUUGCCUUCGAACGGCAUCGCGUUCACCCGUCCGAUAUGCAAGUACCCGACGACGGUGCGCUACCAGGGCGGAGACCCGAAUAGCGCGAGCAGCUUCGUUUGUGGGUGAGGUAUCGCUGGCUUGCCUGCCAGUGUCCAGCGCGUGUAUGUAUUAAGAUGCUGCUUUGUGGAUCCGACUCUGUGCCAGUGAGUUAC